AUGGAAUACUACUUUGCAGGUACAAGCCAGCCAGCAUGGGUUGGUCUGAAGAGAGACCGGUCGGACGGCAAGCUCGACGCCACGGUGACGGACAAGCGGCACAAGUGCGAUGACAACAGUUGGAAGGCGGUCGCUGCGUAUGCACCGACGGCGGGUUCGAAGCGAGCCUACCAGCGAUCCGAGGACGAGAUUGACCCAGUGUUCAUCGACAAGCGGUACAAGGGCAACUACUGGGAGGACCCUGCUUACGCGGCGGUGGUACGGUUCGGCGGGAGAAUGAGAGCCAUGGACGAUGCUUUCGACAACGAGAGCGAGCGGAUGCGGAAGGAUUACGCCGAGCAGCGCGCCGCCAGGCUGCGUGAGCUAGUGCGUAAGAACUUGAUAAGUGCAGAUGCAUGCGAGCCAGUAUGGGUUGGGCUGAAGAGAGGCCACGAGCGGUCGGACGGCAAGCUCGACGCGGCGGUGAUGGAGAAACGGCACAAGUGCGAUGACAGCAGCUGGAAGGCCGUCGCUGCAUAUGCACCGGCGGUGGGGGCGAAGCGAUCCUACCAGCGAUCCGAGGAUGAGCUUGACCCAGUGCUCAUCGACAAGCGGUACAAGGGCAACUACUGGGAGGACCCUGCUUACGCGGUGAUCCUACGGCUUCGUGGGGGACGUAAAGCCAUGGACGACGCUCUCGACAACCGCGUCGAGCGUCUUAUCAAGGAGUUGGAAGACGAGCGCGCCGCCACACUGCGUGAGCUACGACGCCAACACAGUAGCUGCUGCAAGAAGAAGCGCAGGUCGACCAAGUGGAGGCAGAGCGCGCUGAUCCUGGGCGACGACGACCAGUGCGCGCCCGGCGGCGAGGGCUUCGCCAAGCGGUAUCGGCUGGGCACGGAGCUGGGGCGCAGGGCGUUCGGGAUGACACGCCAUUGCGAGCACGCGGCCACGGGCGAGGCACUGACCUGCAAGACCACCCGCCGCAAGCGGCUGCGUCGCGCCGCCAACGCCGAGGACGUGCAGCGGGAGGUGGAGAUCCUGCGGCGCAUGUCGGCGCGGGCGGCGCCGUGGUGCGGCUCCGCGAGGCCUGCAAGGACGCCGAGGGCGUGCACCUGGUGA